AUGCGUCCCUUCCUUUUCCCACGGUAAAGAGACACCACCUCGCUUCCUUCCGCCUUGACGCCUUUUGGCACCAGCGACUCGCCGUUGCCCAGGCUGCGGCGUUCACUAGUUGAGGUGAUGGCGACUGGGACACCAGAUUCGCAAGCGCGAUUCGGUCAGUCUGUGAAGGGGCUCCUCACAGAGAAGGUGAACACCUGUGGUACGGACGUGAUCGCGCUCACCAAGCAGGUGCUGAAAGGCUCCCGGAGCUCCGAGCUGCUAGGUCAGGCAGCUCGAAACAUGGUCCUGCAGGAAGAUGCCAUCUUGCACUCAGAAGAUAGUUUAAGGAAAAUGGCGAUAAUAACAACACACCUUCAAUACCAGCAAGAAGCUAUUCAGAAGAAUGUUGAGCAGUCUUCUGAUCUACAGGACCAGUUGAAUCAUCUGUUGAAAUAGAGCAGCUUGUAAGAGGGAAAAGCACUUCUUUGCCUGACACUGAGAAGGAAAUAUUUUAUUCAGCUACUGUCCUAUGGGUUUGAUUUUCCAUUUUCUUCUCCAAAAGUUAAGUUAGAAAAGAUUUAUGAUGGUGUGCAGUUUCUCCUGAAGAGAAGCUAGGUGGUUGAAUUUUGGAAGUACUUCUCGAAGCAGACUAACCCAUGCUCUUAGUGAAUUUUUAAAUGCUCUUGUUUAGUUUGAUGUAAAAGCAAAAUUAAAGAGGUCUUAGUUUUUUCCAUAGAACUUUUAUAUAUGUCAAGAGCUAUAUCAUCUAACUGUGAUUCUUAAGCAAAUGCUGAAUAAUGUUUUAAAUUCAGAAAUACGACUUCUAUUGUGAAAACAGGAAUGAUUAAUAUUCUUUUUAAAGACUUUUUUUCUUUUAAUCAUACAUUCAGGAAAUUUCAUGGUCACAGAAUGGUGAUAGGUAAUAUCUGUUCUUUUCUAUUAACUCAGAGGAGAUAUUUAUUUUAUUCAUUGUAGCAAAUUCCUAAAUGAAAAUUAGGCAAAUGGUAUCAUAUCUGGCCUGCUGCAACCUCCUGCCUUGACCUGCAUUCCUAGUUUCUUUGUUGUGACUCUUGAUUAGUUGGCCUUGGGUUCAUUUUGUAAUUUUGCUAGUCAUCAGCAGAUUCACUUGUAGAACAUUAUUGCCAAAUGCAAAGGCAGUUGAAUUACCAGGAAUGAUUGCAGUGUAGGGUUGUGCCAUGGUGAAAACCUUAUGUUUUCAGUUAUUUGCCCAUGUUCAUUUAAUUUAUCUUGCUAAAAGACAUUACCUUUGAAUGUUUUUGUUUGAAUUUUAAAUGGGACUACAUUGUGUUCUAGGUCAUUUCUUAUCACUAAAGAAUUAGGAGAAAGCUGACAUAAGAAAAUAGUGUUUUCAGUGAAAGAAAAAAGCAAAUAAGAGUCCAAUUUAAUUCAUAUUGUAUAUCAUCAAGUCGACUAAUCAUAUUAGAUUGUAUUGUAGAUAAAUACAACCUAAUAAUGCCUAUACACAUUAACUUAAGGUAAAACAAAAAACUAGGUAUGAAGGAAUUCAGUUAUGCAUUCCUUUUAUAAACUCUCAUUACACUUAUUAAAUGUAAAUGGGCUCAAUUCACCUUCAAAAAGAAGGGUCUGGAAACUUCUGGAACUGUAGUGGACCAAUAUUGACAGCAAAUGUUAGCAAAUUGACAGCACAUGUUAGCAAUUGACAGCAAAUGUUAGCAAACAUUACUAUCACUGUUGCUGUUCAGCAUUUUGCUGGAGGCCAUGUCUAGUGCAGAAGUUAAAAAUAAGUAUAGCUAAUGGGGCGCCUGGGUGGCUCAGUCAGUUAAGCAUCUGCCUUCAGCGCAGGUCACAAUCCCAGGGUCCUGGGAUCGAGUCCCGUGUCAGGCUCCCUGCU